GACAAAUAUUUUUAUAAUGAAUUGGUGGGUUCCUUCCUUUCUAUGAUUUUUGUUAGAAAUGACCCGGUCCUCUCUAUACACCAGAGCCUUUUUAUUUUCAUUUUUGAUAGAAAGAAAGGAGAGAUCUCUCGGGCUAGAGAAAAAGGGAGGAGCGAGUGAAGGAGAGCAGAGCCCGCAAAGCACCUGCACAAGCCAAAGCUAAAGCUAAAGCUAAAGGAAGGCCUAAGAGGCCAACAUUUGAAUUCUGUGACCAAUAAUAAUGACUACAGUCCAGAGCGAGGGGGCAGCAAAAGGAACUGCCAUAACUGAGAAAGCAUUCAAAAGAUGGGGCAGGAGAAGCCCAUUUUUGAGAUAUGGCCUUCCUAUGAUCUCUCUCACUGUCCUCGGCUCUCUAGGCCUUGCCCAACUCCUGCAAGGCAGCAAGGAUAUUGCAAGGGUGAAAGAUGAUCAAGAGUGGGAAAUCAUUGAAACAAGAAAAGCAUUGUCUAGGACAGGACCAGUGCAUGCGUACAAUCCAAAACAGAUUUCCUUGGACGAUGAGCUAAAGGCUUUGCAACAAAAGGUGGACAUUAACAGCUAUGAAUACAAGAAAAUUCCUAAACCAAAUGAAGGCAAUCAAGACUAGUGUUGAGUUGUGGAUUGGAAACAACUUUUGUCAGAAUUUCUCAUGUACCGUUCUGAAAAUAAACUUUUAUGGAGUCAAAAGCCAAUUUCAUCUUGCUAGUGAAGUUGGUAUUGCCCUUCAUCUUUAGUGUUUUGACUUUUGCUUACGACAUUAUGGGAGUUGAAGUUGAGGUAAAAUUUUGAAAUUUGUGUACCAAGGAUUUUCAAGUACGGUGCUGGGAAUAGCUAAAGGUACUCGCUUGGUUCUACUUUAAUAAGGGUGAAAAAGUGUAAAUGUUUCUUGUCAUGUUUUAGUUUGUCUUUUUUACCUAUCUUGCAGUGAUGCACAUUGGAUGUUAUAACGUUAAUCCUGAUGGAGCUACUUUUGCCGUCACAAAACUCAGCACUCGUGGUUCAUUUUCAGUGUUAUCAAGUAAAAUUGCUCGUAGAAUUACUGGAAACGGUAAGCGAAUUUACUUCUCUGUACCGAAAGUUUAUAUCUAUAGGCUCCAAAAAAAAAUUAGUACAUUUCUGAAA